GUCUUUCGUUCGUUCGACCGACCGACAGAUAUUCGACAAGUAAGAUGGCGGCGAUUAAUGUGAAAGGCGAAACGUUGUCGUAUUUCCACUUGUAAAUAAAGUUAUUGGUUUGUUGAAACAUCACUACUACUGUAACGACGACUGAAGAUUUAUUAUUGAGAAGUGUUUAACAAAACGAGAUCUGUUGUGCACAACCUGUGACCUGAGUUACUUUUCAUUUCACAAUAGACAAAACCCGUCGCAACGAGCACUCGAGGAGUCGAGGCCAUAUUUAUGAUGUUAUCUGUUGUGUGAGCGUCCUCCGAAACCACAUUGAUAAAUGGUUGUGAAAAACCAAGGCGAUGGGGUGUUUUCUCAGCAUCAAGAGUAUGUAAAUUCAACAUGAGUUGCAGUGUUACAAAAUAGUGGUAGUAGCUGUAAAUACAAUUGAUUGUGUGUUACAAACUAUGGAUGAAAGUGUGGACUUCUAUUGACAUAUUACAUACAUUGACAUUUGAGCAACACGGAGGUGGUAAUGGAUCCAGUAGGACCAUGGUCAGCAUAUUCAUACAAUCGGUUAGCAGGGGUUCAGGCCGGUGCUGCAAGUGGGGAUUUUCAUCACCACCUAGCAAGUGGUGGCUCUGGAUUAGGCAGCCAAUCAGUGCCAUCAACAACAAGUCAGUUGCUCCUACAAGCAGCUCAUACAACAGCAUCAUUAGCAGGGCAACUUGGUUCAUCAACUGCUUCACCCUUCAAUCCUGCUGGAUUUUUGUCUCCCCCAGCAGUAGGGUAUGACGCAGUAUUUUCACCACUGUUUCAUCAUGCAAAUCCCAAACCUGCACACUACAGUUCUUCUCUUCAAGCACAGCAUCGGCAAGUUAUAGCUCAAGCCCAAGCUGCAGUUGCAUCAAAACAAUCUUCAGUUGAAUCUGAACUGUCUACUUUAAGAGAAAACUAUUCACAUCAAACUUUGGCAGCACAAGGAACAUCAUUUUUUGACCAAUCAUCAACUCCAGGCAGCACUACUGGAUUGAGUUGGCAAGGAAAUAAUCAACUGCCUAGUCCUUUUGGAAUUUUACCACAUGAAAGUGUUGUGCCCUCAUCUCCAAGUCCAGCUACAACAAAAGCAUCAGCAACAUACGAGAAUUUUAAUGCACAUUUUGCAGCAGCACAAACUCUCAAUAAUCACCUCAACUCUCAGAUAUCUAGUGCUGGUAAACAAACUAACAGAUCUGGCUCACCAGCAACAGCAACGAAACAGCCAGCAACUUCAACAUCAUCAUCAACAUUUUUUCAAUCUCCAACAUUUGGAAAUCAGACUGAUAAUUCAUAUAGUACAAGCAGUGCAAAGAGUGGUCAACUCUCAUCACAGCAGGAUUAUGCAGGAAGUAAGUCCUAUUCAAGUUCUGCAAGUUCAACUGCUCAUUCCCAGCAAUCGUGUAUAGUGUCAACUCCACCGGUGACAUCUUCCCCAACUCCACCUAGUAAAGAUUAUCGAUCAUCUACAAGUACAACCUCUAGACCAUCUGCUUCCAUUUACAAUUCCCAGUCCCCUAAAACCACAAGUAGUGAGAAAUCUUCCCGACAAAUAACUAAUAGCAUUAGUAAUUUUGUAUCCCCUUCAGUAAAACCACCACAAGUACAGACUAAGGCUCAAAGUAAAGUUUAUCCAGAAUUAAGUAAUGAACAAAGAAAAAGUUGUGAAUCUAAUGAUAAAGUUCAACCACAAUCCUCUCCUAUAAGUUAUUCUAUAAUGGAUGCCCCAGGCAGGCUAAAUUAUAGUAGCAGUAGUGGAAAUUCAACAAAGUCAAAUAGAAUCAAUAAUUCCCAAUACUCUGCUACACAAAAUUCUAGUUUUAGACAUUAUCAAAGUGGAAACAAUAUAGAAUCUGAUUACCAUGUACGCGCUAAGAGUAGUUCUAGUACAGAUACGGGGUAUUCUAGUAGUAGUUCACAAAACGGUCCAGAUUGUGGUGUGGUUGUGCCAAGGCGACAGAGUCCCUCCCAAGCAGCACCACAAACUUCCCCUCUAGAUCAUGGAUCUAGUCCUGCAUAUCCUAUGUACCAUAGUCCUAUGAAUUCAAUAAAUUCCCCUCAACCACAUAGUGAUCAUUACAACAAAGUAAAUAAUACUGCACCUAGGUCUCCUUUAGAUGCCUCAGUAACAAGGUCACCCUCUCAAAACAGUCAAGUAGCUUAUCCUUCUGUUAUAACUAGGGCUUUAGGACUUGAACAAAAUAAAACCUAUAGUGAAAGUAGAUAUGAAAGAAAUCAAACUCAGUCUUCUGGUCAAACUUGUUGGGAAAGUGACCGACAACCUCCUAGAAAAUAUUCUAGUAAUAACAGUAGUAAUAGUUACAAUAAUGGUGGUUUAACUGAAAGUAAUACUCAUAAUGAUGAAUCUGUUCCUCAGAGUCAGUCUUCCAGUAGAGUGCUGAGUCUGCCAGAUAAACAAAACUAUUUUGAUGGCAAUAACGUAGCUUUACAAGAUCUGUCUAGUUGUCGUGGCGAUCCUAUGAGUAUAGUUAAAAACUUGCAAAGUUUGCAACAGAGUUGUCAAUUACAAGACGUAAAAUCCAGUAAAAUUCAAACCCCAAUAGCAGUUCCAACAUCAACAACAAACAAAAUAGCGUCAAGAAGAAAGAGUGUUGAAAAGUCAGUUCCUCAUACAAAUAUGAAUGAAUUAUCUAAUGUUGUCAUGGCUGAUUAUUUAGCAAAUAGAAUCCCUCCGCCCGCCCAUAGUUCAACUAGCAGUCAACAGCAGAAUGGUAGUUAUUUUGAUUUCGAGAGGUGGAACCUACCACCCCCUCCACCAAAAAUGUUCCCUGGAACAUCAGCUUUUGGAUCACAAGCUCCUUUACACGCAACCAAUUUUGCUAACCAACACCAAGCACUAACAAUGCCCCAUGGUCAUGCUUUGACUUAUUUUCCACCCUUUCACCUAGGUCCCCAUCCCGAUUUCCAAUCUUCUGUGGAGUUAACACCACUGUCGUCAUUUAGCGAGACGCCACCUUCGGCUUCCUCGUCAUCUUUUUCGACGCCUGAAACACGUGAAGAGGAACAGCCUAAGGUGGUAGUACCUAAUAUAGAGGAAGAACUUGGUUUCCUUGCAGAACAACGGGCAAAUACUGCAUCGUCGGUAGCACCCUCUUCACAGCAGCAGAACAUUAACAGCACUUCACAAGACGCUACUUCAAAAAUUAUGGAUAAAAAAUUUAAUGUUCCUGUCACGGGCCCCGGUUCAGGUUUCAUGGCUUCUUAUUUGAAAUUUUUACAAGGAGAGCGUGACACGUCUCCUCCGCCAGCCGGCAGAGGCGCCAGAAAAUCAACUUGGUCUAGAACGAAUACUAAUAAUACAACAAAUAAUAAACCCUAUACUCCAAACGAUCAUAAAAGCCAAUGUGAUGGAAAUCCCACACAGCAAAGUGCCAAUGGAGCUAUGCCGUCGUCGAACGUGAUUAAUGCAGGUAUGUCACUGAGCAAUCCAGUCAUGAGUUCCUCGGCGAGUAUGAGUGCGACGGGCUUGUUGGGUGCUAAUCAAAUACAUGGCGCGUCGUCUAAUCUCCUUCCCUCUCAAACAAAAGAGUUGGACGAUCCCCGGUAUUAUAAUUUGAAUAAGGAUAGGAAACGUAAAUAUGAUGGUAGUGAAGAAGCUGCUUAUGACGCAGAAGAGGAAGCGAGAAGGCUCAACAAGCCGGUGCUUAAUGUGCCUAGUACACCUCUUAAUGAUAAAGGAAAGAACAAGGGUCGAACAAGUAUGAAUAAGCCAACGCCAUCGGCGGUAGUGGCGCCUCAGCCGGCAGCGCCUAAAAAGCCACGACCUCCUGCGCCGCCGCCCGUGACGUCGCUGCAGGCAGCGCCACAGCAACAAUACUAUUAUCAACACCAGCCCGACGAAGUUGCAGCACAUGGUGCUAAUAUGGGAUAUGGGCUAUACGGUACUACAGAUAACGACAAUAAGGCGAACAGGAAUAUGCAACACAAUAUAAAGUCACAUCAUCAAGUAUCCAGUAGUGGACAAAUAGACAAUACCGCCAGACCAUUAGAAGAAAUGCCCUACCAGUCUGGAGAAUUCAUAGCCUUAAGAUCCGAAUUAAACGAAAUGUGGCCUGCUAUAUGGAGGGUAGACGGCAAGACACUACUACAAAAGUAUGAACCUUUUGAAGAAAAUGGGAAAGUUUUAUACCGUAAUAUUUCGACAUAUACUGUAUGGAACCCAGAUAACAAAAAGUUAUAUACUCAAGUCUCCGUUAAAAUAAGGUCACAGUCGCAUUUGGAAACAAUAGUUGAGUUAGUUAGAAAUGAGCUUCCUCCUGUUGAUGAUUGUAGUUUUAUUGAAAAAAGGAUGUUAGAAACGCAAAUGUAUCAAGAAAAUUUUGAAGUAUAUAUCCAGACGUUAAUAUCACACGCAUUAGAUCCCAACUUCCUUACAGAAAUAUUCCAAGAACAAGACGAGUACUUUUUGUCGAACGUGAAGACCGUGGACGAGGUGACGGAGACCAUGCGCGCGCGCGUGUCGGGCGGCGGCGGCGCGGCGGGCGCGGGCGGCGCGCGCGCGCUGGACGCGGCCGUGGCCACGUGGCCCGGCCUCAGCGUGGCGGCCGGCGCCGGCGGGUGUCGCGCCUGCGCGCGCCCAGCCGUGGCGCGCCUGCUGCUGUACGGCCAGCCCUACAACCCCGCCACGCUCGAGCCCGUCCAGCCCGACGCCCGACUCGCCUACGAGAAGGAGUUCUUGGUGUGCGCCACUUGCUGCAGCCGUGUGCAACUGUAUUCGAGGAUAUCGCAUCAAAAGUAUCUAAUGUACGCGGAGUGCAGUAAACGAGUGGCUGAGAAAAGAAUGCAGAAUCCCAGUAAAGACACAACCGUAAUUCUCAACGAGUUGUUGGCGGACGAAGUGUGGUUAUCUCAGCUGUUCCGCGACGUGCGCCACUCGUGGGCGGACGCGGAGGCGUGGGAGCGCAAGCUGCGCCACGCGAUGUCGCGCCAGAUGAUAUAGCCCGCCCUGAGCCUGUGCAGCCUCUAGUAAAUCUUGUAAGGACAAUAUUUUCAUUUCAUUUUUAUACAUGUGAAAAUCGUGCGGUAUGUAUGUAAUUGUUUUGUAUUUUAAUAUAUAUGUUCUAGCAUUUAAUUAUAUUUCAUACGAAAUCUGGGGCAGGAUAUAUUUCUAGUUAUAAAUGAACCUCAAUUACAAUUAGUUUGGAUUUAAAAUUGUAUACAUCUUAUUGAACUAUUGGCUGUUAAUUAGAAUUUAUUUGAAGUACGCCGGUGCCAUUUUAUGCUCGCUGUUCCUAAUCUAACCAUUUGCUAAAAAGAAUUUUGUUUUAAUUGUUGCCCUGCUGUGCUCAUAUUUCUAAAAGUGUUGUAAUAGAUAAUCAUAUAACCGAAAGCGGCCUUAGCUUACAAACAUAUCAGUUAUGGUCUACACACCAUAAUUGAAUUGAAAUAAACAACUACCAGUAGCGCUAAGAUCACGUCAGUCCAACUACUUAAUAAUGCUAUGGAAGCCCGCUUAUCCUAAGUGUGAUAUGAUCAUACUGAAGGUGCAAAUGUUGAGCUUACGACUGACUAUUAUCUGUAAUAUAUUAAAUAACAAUUAGAAUGAUUCCUACAGCAUUGACUUAAUAUAAUUUGUAUGGUUAUUAACGACAAAUGAAUCAACGCGCAAUAAAUAGUACACAUGCAUUAUAACUUGUUGAAAAUACAGCUGACAUUGUUUUGCGAGUUAGGGUCGUUAAGGCUGCCCUGACGGAUCUUAAGCAGAAUAAUACCUUCCUGUACCAUGACGCAGUCUUCCACUCAGUUUUACCAAAUGAAUUAAAUAUGUAUUAAUUUUUUUUAAGUUGUUAUAUUGCCUAUAUCUGUGAAAGUUUAAUCCUAACGAUCUACUGCGCUAUUUUGAAAAGAAAAUAUAUUAAACAGGCAGAAGAAUUGGAUUGUGCGAGUGUCUGGUAACGGAAAAUAUUUUGGGAUGUUAAGCAUAAUAAUUGUUUAAAUAAACGUUAGUGCUGUUUAAAUUCAUUUAAAAACUUUAAAACCUCAAAACGGAUUUGUGAUAUCUUAUUAUUUAAGGCCUAAUUACUGUAACGGCAAAAUGUAAUGGUACGUAAAAUCUUUUGUAUGUAUUUUUUAUUUUAUAUUCAUGUUAACAUAGCUGCAUAGGGAAAUGUAAUUACGUUUGAACAGUAUAUGAAGUUACUCAUUUUAUUUCAUUUGAAACUCGUUAAAGGUUGUAUAAUUAUUUAAAUACAUGGGUUUAUUAAUUUGCGAUGAAACUGGAAGGGUUAAUUCAUACAUUUCAAAGCGCAUCUAAUCCUCACAAUUUAUAUGAAUGCGCUUGCUCUUUGAUGUCAAUCUAGAAGAAGGCGUCGCUGGUCGCGUGUCAAGCCCUUGUAUUCCAAGAUAUGCGCGUACAAAUAUCAGCAUAUGAUGUCGUUGUGUUCGGGGUGGAUUCUCUAAAUCAACUUCAAUCUUCAACUCGACUCGGAUAUGAAUUGGCCCAUGAUUAUACUGAUUAAAGUUUAUUUGUUUUACCUAUGUUAAGCUGCUGAGUUUCAAAUUUCGUCACGUGGUCUGAAAAAUCUGUUAUUGAUUCUGCUUCCACCACAUUCCAGAUUUUUGUAUGUAAUUCAACUAACUAUAUACCAUACUAUUUUAUUUGACCAACCUGCAUUACACGCCUAGAGCAACCGACAUGUAUGCUAGAUCUGAUCAUAUUGCUUUUUUGUGUAGGAAUAUUAUAUCAACUGCAGUUUUAAAAUGGCCAAAUUUACACUUAUCCAAGCUUUUAAAUUAAGAAGCAUUUUAUUGUACGAUUAUCAAAGUAUAUAUUAUACUUUAGAGCAAUUUUAUGUUGUUUUGUAAAAAUAUGCUACCAUCACAGUCUCUAUGAUCUCACCCUAUAUUAUCUUUAAGGGGCAAAUAUUAUUGACAAUAUAUCUGACUUAGUUAAUUGACAAUGUUGUGAUCAGGGACCGGACAACCCCACUUUAGAGUUAAGCCGUUUGACAGGGUAACCCGUACACGGGGUAACUCAUAUC